AUGUCUACACCUUCCAAGAGUUUGAGGAUUGCGAUCGUUGGGGGAGGACUGGGUGGUCUGAUGGCGGCCCUCUGUGUCCACUCAUUCUGUGGUUCAACUGCCGUCAAGAUUGAUGUUUACGAGCAGGCCUCGGAGUACAAAGAGAUCGGUGCAGGCGUCAGCCUCGGCAGAAAUACUUUGAGAGUCAUCAAACAAAUUGGACUUUAUGAGCAAACCUAUGCGAUGGCAGGCAAGACUGACAGUUGGUUAUCAGCUCGGCGAUACGACACUGGUGAAGAGACUGUCAGGAUCAGAGCAGAUGGUGAUGAGCCAUCACAUUUGCCGGUGCAUAGGGCUGAGUUUCUAGCCCUCCUCGUACAAACGAUUAAAGAGAGGGCCGCUGCAACUCUUCACCCCAAUAAGAAAUGCUUGACAAUAGAGGAGAUAGAUGACGCUAUUGUCCUAAACUUUGCAGACGGUACAGUGACCACGGCAGGCCUUGUUGUUGCGGCUGAUGGCAUUCACUCUCGUAUACGUCAACACUACCAUAACGGUGAUGCCCAGUUCGGUGAGAUGGUUGUAUAUCGCGGGUUGGUUCCAACGGAUGAUAUCAAGGACUGGUGGCCGCUGGACACUUACACUCCCAUCUGGAUUGGUCCCGGCAGAUACUUUAUUGUCUACCCCGUUAGCGAUGGAUCUUUGCUGAAUCUCGGUGCAUUCGUCGCGACUGAUGGCAAAUCACUUAAGAAUAAGACAGAAAGCUGGACACUGAGAGGAGAUAGAUCCGAUCUGGAGAAGGAUUACGCGGAUUUCGACCCUACGGUGAACCGUCUCAUCCAACACUUGGACGAAAACCCUCUCAAAUGGAUCUUGUAUGAUAGACCUCUUUGCAACAAGUGGGUAUUCUCAAAUGGUAAAGUAGCACUACUAGGGGAUGCAGCCCAUGCUAUGGUUCCUCAUCAAGGUACGUGUUGCAAGGCAGCUUGUGCAUCAUUUACUGACACUCCAUAG